AGGGAUAAUGGAGCAUGAAGAGAAUUGUCCUUGGAAUAAGGGUCAAUCGCUUGUGAAUACCCCCCUGAGGAAACCAUGUGAAGUCCGUAAGUGUGCCGUCUGGCAUGACCUCAAGACUUGGUUUGGUUACACGGGUUCUAGUUUAUCAAAAGUAGCUUUUGAAGAUGUGUUUCGUGAUGUUGCACAUGGAGGGUCUGGGCUGUAUGAGCGCAUGGCCGUGGAGGGUGGUAACUUACUCCGUGAGGCUUCACGAGCGUUGGCUGCUAAGAAGGCUGAGGGCAACCAAUUCAUCCAUUCAGUAGCGUCAUUGGUUUUCCGUCGCGAUUUGCAGCGCAGUACCCUAGGUUUAGUGCGGCAGUUAUACAUCCAGAAAGAGGUUACUAUCAUGAAUGAGUCUAGUCUUUUGGAGUAUUUUGCUAGAUGUUAUUUAUCUGCUGCUCAAUCUUUGACAUCACCUCGUUCUGUAUCGAAUUAUGUUCGUGUUUUACUAUCUUAUUCUUUAAACGAAGUUGCCGGUCAAGAUUUCCAUCGAGAUCCCUCUGCAUGGCUGCCCACUCUUUUGCAGCACAUAUAUCACUCACAGGCUUUUCGUCACUUGCAUUGUGACUCUGACAAUCUGUUACUGAGGGAUUUAUAUAUUCUAUUCGGGUAUCCUCAUGAUUACAUCUUGCCAAGGGUACAAGAAUGCUUCGAUAACUUAGACGGGACUCACCAGCUCCAGUGUGCUCACACGUCUGGAGAGGAACUGUUAGUUACGUUUGCAACAAAAUAUUUCUUUGAGUUGUAUAAGGCUCACCACGGCAAUGACCGUGAUGUCCUCGCUAAGGAGUAUGCAACUACUCAAACACGGGAAUUCAUUAAUAGCAAGGCCAUUGAACUUUUUUCAUGUGUAUUUAUGCGUUUACAUCUCGUGUUCAUUGGUGAGGAGGUCAACUACUUAAGGCAGCGUUCAUUGGAGGAAUGCAGGAUAAUAUUUAUUAACCUCCUGGGAGCUUGUUGGUCAAUAUCGCAAAAGGAAGUCCGCAACACGUGGAUGGCAAAUCUGUUUCAAACUCUACGUCAGGUACAACUGGCAAUAAUAAUGAACGGUUUAGACGAUGUCAAUUUGAAAUUAAACCGGAAGUCACUAGAGUCUGGAGGUGACAGUUUCGUUAGUGAAGUUGCACGCUCUUUGGAUUUUAGUGCCAUGUUCAAUACUACUUGUGGUAAAUUGCAACCAGAUACUCCUUCGAAGAGCAGCUUUAUCGACCAGAUAUUUGCUAAAGCUGCGGAUUUAUUUUCCUUUACUUGCAAUGCUACAGAGACUACAUCUGAACCUCCCGAGAAUGAAUUGCCAAUUCACGUGCAAUAUGACAAGCACAGUAAGGAGGCCAAUAUACACAUCCCCUUGUCUAAGAUGGGCAACAUGGAGCCUGUGGACUAUCGUACCGUGCUCAGGAGUAAGGGUGAGAAUGUCAUGGAAAUAGUGGUGUCGAAAAAUGCUGACUUACCACGCCUCAACGUAAACCUUUAACGAUGUU